AUGACCCACUGGUUUCAUAGGAAUCUUAAAGCUACAGCUCCCGUGUCUUUUAACUACUAUGGCAUGAUCACUGGUCCUCCUGCUUCGAAGAUCUGCAACUUACUGUCUGUUGAUGUUAGUGAUUUGAGAUCAUCCAGGACUCGGCUCCUCGAGUUGUUCACUGAUUUAAGCUGUAAUCCGGAAACGAUGAAGAACGCAGCAGACUUGUAUUUCUCACUUUUACAAGGUUUCAUAAAUUCACUGGGUGACUCUACCCAAGAAAGCAAGUUACGAUAUGUGCAGAGCUUCAAGUGGACUGAUACAUUGCAAGGACAUGUUCCGAGGGCCCAGCAGGAUGCUGUUUUUGAAUUGAUAUCCAUGGGAUUUAACGUAGCAUUAUGGUAUGCCAAAUAUGCUUCACGAUUGGCCGGAAAAGAAAACGUAACAGAAGAUGAAGCAAAAGAAGUCCAUCGGAGUCUAAAAAUUGCAGCUGGGAUUUUUAAACAUUUAAAGGAAAGUCAUAUAUCCAAACUUCUUACACCAGCAGAAAAGGGCCAGGACUUAGAGGCUCGGCUUAUAGAUACUUACGUCAUCCAGUGCCAGGCUGAGGCUCAAGAAGUAACAAUUGCCCGAGCAAUUGAGCUGAAGCAUGCUCCAGGAGUGAUUGCUGCGCUUGCGUACGAAACAGCCAGCUUCUACCAGAAAGCAGAUCAUACUUUAUCCAGUUUGGAGCCUGCAUACUCUGCUAAAUGGAGGAAGUACCUUCACCUGAAGAUGUGCUUCUACACGGCCUAUGCAUAUUGUUACCAUGGCCAGACCCUGUUGGCUAGUGAUAAAUGUGGAGAAGCAAUCAGGUCUCUCCAAGAAGCAGAAAAAUUGUACGCAGAGGCUGAAGCCCUGUGCAAAGAGUAUGGGGAAACCAAAGGACCAGGACCUACAGCCAAGCCAUCAGGUUACCUGUUCUUCCGGAAGCUUGGCAGCCUUGUGAAAAACACCCUGGACAAAUGUCAGAGAGAAAACGAGUUCAUUUACUUUCAAAAAAUUCCAACAGAAGCCCCACAACUGGAACUCAAAGCAAAUUAUGGGCUGGUAGAGCCUGUGCCUUUUGAAUUUCCUCCUAUGAGUGCUCACUGGACACCGGAAGCGUUGGCUGCAUUUGAUCUCACCAAGAGACCCAAGGAUGACAGUGUCAAACCCAAACCGGAAGACGACGUGAAACCUGUAAAAGAACCAGAUAUCAAACCUCAAAAGGACACUGGGAGUUCUGUCUCUUAAGUGACACUUGUUUAGAGAUCUCGCUGCCAGUUCCUAAGAUGAACUGCGGGCUUCACUUCACCUUUUCUGUUUUCUAUGAAGCCCAUGGGAUAAUUACUGACUUCAGAGGGACUUGGCCUUUUGUUUAUUUAUUCUUGAUUUUUAACAUAGAAAUGUUUUAUGCUUUU